GUCGAUUCAGAAAGAAGGGCACUGUCAAUCUGUGGUGCAACAUUUCCAAGUAUAGAGUCUGGGUUCCCAGGAAUACUAUCUCUGAUCAUUUACGUAACACGGCACAAACAGUCAGCUUCCUGUAGCCAUGAUACGAGGCAGAGUCCAAGCUCUCCGUGGUGUCAAAGGACGGUUGCCAGCUGAAGGCUUGUUCUGCAACUACAGCCACAGGACAUGUAUGCAGAACCGUCUCAAAGACUCUGAAUACUGCCUCAAGCAUAUCCUAGAAGAUAAAAACAGUCCCUUCAAACAGUGUAGUUUUGUGUCAGGGAAAAAUGGAAAGAGAUGCCCAAAUGCUGCACCCAAGUCUGACCGCAAGGAAGGCUACUGCCACGAUCAUGCUAAGAAGGCAGCCAUCUUGAGACAGAGAGCCCAGCGUAAGAAGAAACCUAGAGAGACAUCAGAGAGUCUGUUAGAAGAACUUGCCCAACACCAUGGACCAGCCGCCACAGUGAUAGAGCCAGCUGUACCCGAUCCACGCAAGUCACGACUACCCUCGGAUAGCCUUGCUAACAAAGUCCUAGAUUAUGCCAGUUCAAGCGAUUCCGAGACAGAGUCUCCCCUAGUGGACCAGGCAUGGCGAGGUGAUGGGGACAGUGAUGCUGAGAGUAUCGACAGUGAACAGGAGGACCCACUCAAACAUGCAGGUGUAUACACAGCAGAGGAGGCCACCCUGAUCCUGCGGGACAAGCUGAUUCGACUCCAGUCCCUGUACAUCGACCAGUUCAAGCGACUCCAGCAUGUGCUCAAAGAAAAGAGGCGUAAAUAUCUGCACACACACAAGCAGGAACGGGAGACAUUAGGUAGUAUAAAGGUGUACAAGACAGACCCAGAACAGAAGGAGAAGUACCUGAAACUGAAGGCUCUCAAGAGGUACCACAAGAGCUAUGGCAAGGAGGCAUUACUGCAUCGUAGUUGCAAACAGAGAAGAAUUGCUGUGUCAGAGGGCAACCACUACAGACCUCCAUCUUACGCUAAGUGCAUCCACUUGGAUAAAUCUGGAGUGAAGUGCAGUGCUCGAACACUGCCCCUGUCCAAGUACUGCAUUGUCCACAUCUUGAAUGACCCAAGCCAAGUGUUGUACCAGCCUUGCCGCUUUGAGAAUGGCAAGUGUGGUCGUCCAGUAGCCCCAUGCACAGAUGCCGUGUUCUGUGUGCUCCACACUCAACUACAGGAAGCAGUGUAUCGUAUACCACUGACAAGCCAGGAAUCGGAAAGUGUUGCGGUCACUGACGAGAAGCAUGUCAUAGAGAAAGACAAAUCAGACGCAGCUGCCACCACAAGAGCCACAAACCUUGAGUCCAUGUUGCGGAAGACAGAGACGGUUGUUACCCAGACACCUCGAACCCCUAGUUAUGAAAUUAGGUUGGAAGAAGCGAGUGAUCCGGGUCAGGACGGAAUGGAUACCAGCUGAACAACAUGGACAUUAAUGUGCAUGGAAGGGUUGAAUGAAGAGGAUUUACAAUGCAAUAGUCCUCUGUCCUGUAUAUGUGUCGGGCUGAAACAGACUGAUGAUCACACUAUGCAACAUUCAUCUGAAGUUGCCCCCAGUGAAUCUUUCCUUUCAGUAUAUGCUGUAUGGAAAAAUAAUAUCAUUACGCUGAUAUCACACUGCAAGGCUUGUGGCUAUCCAAGACUGUUGACAUUAGUGCUGGUUAUCGUUCACGGUAUGCAGAUCCAUAAUGGGAGUUUAGUAAUUGAUCAAUAGUCGAUUGUGCUUGUAAACCCUACCACAAAA